CACAGCAGUAGGUAGUUAUUCAUGCAGGAAUUUAUACAUGGGAAAAAGGAAUCGCAAUGAAAGUAAACAGCAGCGCCGUUACAAAGGCUGACCCGACACUGGUGAUGAGUAAACAACAGAAGGAGAACCCAACCAGCCUCCUAAAACACUCGGAAGAAGAAGAAGAAAUUAUAUCAUACACUCCUGAGCAACCUGCAGCUUCAGGGGCCUAGAGGUCAUGGUUCUAUGGCCUAUCCAGCUCCCUAAGACACUGCAGGAGGAGGAGGCCGACGCUCGUAUAAUUCCGACGGAGGCUGCUGGAGUUAGUUCCCAGCAACCCAUGUAACCACAGUUUCCGAGAGGGAGAGAAGACGGUGUGAUGCUGUGCUGUUGAGUGCAAAUAUAAUGCCUGGAGACAGCAGACCCAUGGAGCAACAACCUGAAUGAUGUGCUUGACCUGCCACGCCACGUCGUCUUUAGUUAGCACCACCACCACCUCCACUUCCACCACCACCUGCCAACACACUGCCCUCCACCAUGAACAAGCUGAAGCUACAGAGCCACCAGAAAAACUACAGGGAGGAGGACCUGCUGGUCAAUGUGAAGGACUUGGGGCCGGACGUGAAGGCUGGCGAUGUCAUCGAGAUCUACCACCCUGAGGAUGACCUGCCGCGCCUCCUCCUGAAGAUUCCCUCCACCCUGGAGGACAUCAACCUGCAGAAAGACACCAUCAGCAUUGAGCAGAGCAUCGCCGCCACCUUCCAGCUACGUAACUACAAGGAUGUAAUCGUGAACACCGUGGAGCCCAAGGCAGUGGAGCUGGAGUUGGUGGAGCUGACCUUCAAGGACCAGUACCUCGGCCGCUCAGACAUGUGGAGGCUCAAGAUGCACCUCGCAAACUCAGUCGUGUACCUCAACAAGAAGAUAGAGUUCUGUACCAGCAGCAUACGCUCGCAGGUGUACGAGAUGUGGGCCCAGGGCGGCAAGGUGGCCUGCGGAGUGGUCACCGACAGCACUAAGGUGGUGUACCGCUCCUCCACCAGCAUGGUCUACCUCUUCAUCCAGAUGAGCUCCGAGAUGUGGGACUUCGAUCUCUACGGUGACCUCUACUUUGAGAAGGCAGUCAAUGGCUUCCUUUCAGAGCUGUUUUUCAAGUGGAAGAAGGAAGGCAGCAACCACGACGUGACCAUCGUGUUGUUCUCCCGCACCUACUACAAGGCCUCCAGCAUAGACGAGUUCCCCUCCUACAUGCGGGAGUGCCUGCAGGAGGACUACAAGGGAAGGUUCUAUGAGGACUUCUACAGAGUUGCGGUACAGAAUGAACGCUACGACGACUGGUCCCCAACACUGACACGUCUGCGCCGCAUGUUCAACAAUUACCUGCCCAGCGUCCUGCACCACCACCGCCAGCCGGGGGUGUCCGUGCCGGAGGCUGUCAACUCAUCAGCCUCGCAGGGAAACUUUCUCGAGGUCCUCAACAUAUCACUCAAUGUGUUUGAGAAGCACUACCUGGAUCGCAGCUUUGACCGCACUGGGCAGGUAUCUGUGGUGGUGACUCCUGGUGUGGGGGUGUUUGAGGUGGACCGGGAGCUCACCAACAUCACCAAACAACGCAUCAUCGACAAUGGUGUUGGCUCUGACCUUGUGUGUGUCGGGGAGCAGCCCCUGCAUGCUGUGCCCCUGCUGAAGUUCCACAACAAGAAGGGCGGUGUGAACGCAGAUGACUACAGCAUGCCACACACCUGGAUCAACCUCAGCUUCUACUCAGCCAAGAAGAAGCUGGGCUACGGCACCUUCACGCCGCGCAUCAAGCUGCCGCCUGAGAAGCUCAAGUCAGCACGGCGGGAACGGCAGGACUGCCUGGCCUCAGCACCCUGCAUGAAGCCGGCUCUCCAGGACACUGCGCUGCCCAACUCCAUCUUUGACUACGACACUUAUGAUGCGCAGGUCUUCAGGUUGCCAAGCAGUCACAAUAAUAAGACUUACCGCAGCCUGCAGCGCACCACCACAAGGAAGAAAAACAUCCCCGGGCAGCCACCAACCUCCACCUCAGUGCAGCCACUCACUAGGGUCAGCCUCCACCGCAAGCUGUCCGACCCUGACCUCUACAGUGGCAUGGAGCAGAUAUCCAGUUCCCUGGUGGCCAUUGGGACAUCAGUGAGCUCAGUGAUGGACAAGACGCCGGCCAUCAACAUUCCCGCUCGCAUCACUGAGAACAAGACGUACUCGCAGUCCUUUGGCGCCCUCAAUGUUGAAGGAGUACAGCGUCCACGCACACAGGCUCUGUAUGAGGGGGAGGAGACGUCCCCGUCACACUCCAUCAAGGUGGGCUCCUCUAAUGGCGCCUCCCCCUGCGAGAGGACACAGCUGACCAAGAACAAGCCCGUGAGCACCCAUCGGCCAGGGAGGUCACUCAUCAACCCCUUUGACCCCUCACAUGUGACCAUCAAGCUGACCUCAAACCGAAGGAGGUGGAUACACAUCUUUCCCAAAGACCAGACCGGCGUACUGAUCCAGCAGCACCACUACCAAGUCAACACCAGCAGGGUAAGAGAACAGCCAUCACCACUGCCAACACCAGAGGGGGACCUGUCCUCCACCCCUCACCACCAUCACCACCACCAUCACCACCACUACCACCACCACAUCUCUUCCACACCCACCAAGAAUGGACUGGAUGUCAUACCCGGCACCCCAGAGCAGAGGGCGUUCAAUGGGUCGGAGGUGACUGGUCUUCGGCCGAGGCAACUGAUAACGCAGCAAAGUCAGGAGAGUAUCAACGGGGUGAGGCGUGACAGCAGGCCCCGGACCACCUCACAGAACGGCUCCCUCACCUCGGCUGACAUGUCCAUGCGAGGCAUCGGAACCCCACAGAAGGCGUCUGUCUCAGGAGGUGUGGGGAGUGGCAGCUUGGGUGGGGGGCUGCGUACCGUUACUGGCGGCACCACGGGCAAGGCCAAGUUCCCGGCAACGCUGAUCUGGGGGGCAACGGGGGAGCAGGAGUGGACCGCUGGACUCACAACAGGUACGUGUGUGUGUAUGUGUGUGUGCGAGUGUGUGCUGUUUGUUGUCCUACGGGGUGUGUGGCUCUAAUUCUGUUUUCGUUUUUCUUAGUGAUGGUCAUGUCUGAUAAUUCUUUCACAUAUGUUUUGUCCUGGACUCACACAGCCUGAAAGAUGGGAUUCUUUACUUGAUCUGUUGGGUGACACAUACUCACCUUGUGUGUUUACAAAUUUGUCUUGGAUUGCAACCGCUGACAAAAAUUCUGCAGAUGUACAUAACUGAUUAGGGAAAAGGAUGACCCAAAAGAAAAAAUCAAGCAGCUCAGAAAGAAAACUUAGGAACUGCAGAAUGAUGAAAAAUAGGAUCUGGAUUGUAACCUUGGGAAGGUGCUGAGGGGCAAUGCCUCCCAAGAGAAUUUGUAUUCCUCCCAAGGUGCUCUGUGAAUCAUUCAUGUUAAUUUGAUAGCUUGAGUGAUGCUGUGUUUAAAGAUCCAGGACAUAAUUAUGACAUUUUAGUACCAUUUUUGAUAAAGCAAUUUAUUUGGUGUGAAAUGUGUAUUUCAUGAUCACUGUAUUCAUGGUACGCAAUAGGUGAUGGCAUUGAAUCAGCCACAAGUAAGUCUUCUGUGUUCCUUGUUACUGGAACAUCCAUUUUCUGUUCUACAAAGCUGUGGGGUCAUUGUUAACAAUGGUAUUUCUUCACUGGGAAAUUCACAUCUGGAAAUUGCCUUGUCAGGACCAAAGUUUUCAAAGCACUGUGCACUUUGGGAAAAGGGUUGCCGAACAAGUCUCGGCUUGCAUGUAAGUAGGAACUGAAACUCAUUUCCUGGAAUCACUGCAUCUUUUGACACUAAAAUGAAGGAAACUGUCUGGCUCUUAGCCGAUUAUAGAUAAAUGAAAGCACAAAACUUUGAGAGAUAAAUGAAAGCACACAACGUUGAGAACAUUUUGCCAGACACGUCAUUUUGGUGCUUUCAUCAUUCCCUUGCUCUCCGCCUCUUUAAAGGAGUAACCAUGGCCACAGGUCCGAAUAUCAGGCUUGAACCGAAGCAUAAGUGUCUUGGGGGAGAUAAGUGUCAGAUGUGCGGGAACCUGGAACAAAGAACAUUUUCUCUGACUAGCAAUGUUGGGUGGAAUAAGCUCUUCAGUGUGUGGAGGUGCUGCUGUUCCUGGCUGACAGCUCAGUGCGAUUCAUAUACCAUGAUAAAUGCGUGCACACACACACACA